GCACGCCGCGCUGCAUCGCGACUUGCUCACAUCCUUCGGCACACCGACCGAACUCAUGGAUAAAUUCUUUCAGCCUCAAGCACCCAGGCAAAGCAAAGCGCAGAAGCAAGCGGCUGAUUCACAGCUUCAACCCUGGGUCGAGAAAUACCGGCCGAAAACGAUCGACGAUGUUACAUCGCAAGAACAUACUGUAGCGGUCUUACAGAAAUCCCUACUGUCUACAAAUUUGCCACACAUGCUCUUCUAUGGGCCUCCGGGGAACGGCAAAACUUCUACUAUCCUCGCUCUUGCGAGGCAACUGUUUGGGCCCGACAACUUCCGAACGCGCGUCCUAGAACUGAAUGCGUCUGAUGAACGAGGAAUAUCCAUUGUAAGGGAGAAGAUCAAAGACUUCGCUCGCCAAACUCCCCGUGCACAAGCUGUCUCCUCGGAUGGCAAGACUUAUCCCUGCCCCCCAUACAAGAUCAUUAUUCUGGACGAGGCGGACUCAAUGACCCAAGAUGCCCAGGCUGCCCUUCGACGCAUAAUGGAGACUUAUGCACGAAUAACCCGUUUCUGCCUGGUUUGCAAUUAUGUGACCCGAAUCAUCGAGCCAUUAGCCUCCCGCUGCUCGAAAUUCCGCUUCAAACCCCUUGACCCCGGUUCGACAUCCAGCCGACUAUCCCAUAUUGCGACUUGCGAGCACGUCGAUGCGUCGCCCGAUGUCAUAUCCGCUCUCAUCAACACCUCCCAAGGUGACUUACGUCGGUCAAUAACAUAUCUUCAGUCAGCGUCCCGUUUAUCAUCUUCAACGGUUCCGCCGACACCUAUCACUGCCCGCGACAUACAGGAGAUCGCUGGGGUAGUGCCAGACGUAGUGAUUAAUGACUUUGUAGCGACACUAGGCGUUGAGGGCACGAACGACAUGGACAUUGAUCCUUCACCUGGCUCAGGUAGCAAGUCCAACUUUGAUGCCAUACGGAAGAAAGUGAAAGAAGUAGUCCGAGAAGGAUAUUCUGCCUCACAGUUGCUCUCACAGUUACACGACCUCGUCAUUUUACACCCAACUAUAACUGCCCGGCAGAAAGCUCGAUGUGCUCUCGUCUUUGCCGAAGCUGACAAGGCGUUAUGCGACGGCGCAGAUGAGGAGUUGUGGAUUUUGGAGGUAGCCCUACGCAUCCACAAAGCCCUUUCAUGA